GACCUAGAUAAGGAAUGCUUGUAAUAGGAUUUAUUAAAAUGCUAAAUCAACUAUCUUUUAAGCGUUUUUUGGUUUUGAAAAUGAGUUUGUGAACUACAUUUUACUUCAUUAACCUAAGGAUACAGCUAUUUUGUCUGUACAAUGCAUACAAGUGAAAUAACAGCGUGACAUAAAAAUGUCACGAAUUCUGGUAGGGUAUGGAUACGGCGUUCUCUUCAGCGAACACAUCCAAAAAGAGGGCAAUUAUGGCAGGGUUGACCGAUUUCUGCUCCGCAGCUCUGGGAUAACUACAUUACCUUGGAGAAGAUGACUGACUUACAGACUGAGAGAAUAACAGACCUUUAUGACUGGCUCUUCAGAAUUGCCACACAGUUGUACGGUGACCAUUAUGACACAGGGCACAUUUGAACAAAAAUCAAUAUGUGUCAAGAAGCAUGUACUGAGCCACCACUUUAACAAAUUCUAGACCUAGAUGAGUCAACGUCUGGUGGUAGUUAGUGAAACUGACCCAAGCUCUAUAAUCCUGUCUGACAAUGCCACUCCCAGAGCGCAAGUUCUGUUGAGAAUAGUACUCGGGGAUGACACAGAGAGAAGGAGCCUGCCUGGUGAUGUAGAGGAGAUCAACAAUGUUCACAAUGCUUGACAAGAUCCUAAAGGGAUGAGAGAUGGUGUUCAAACAGAAUGAGGAGGAGGUUAUCAAACAAUGGACCUUUGACGAGGGCAUGCAUUCUACCUGGAUGAACCGCUUCAUGAACUUAAAGAAAGCUGCAGAGGAGACAGAGAAUACUGUACAACUAGAUGAACAAUGUCUUCAGGUUGUACGGAGCAUGUAGAAGCGAGCGUGUACCGUCCAUCUACCCAAGAAACCCUACGUCCAUCUGCCCUGGACUGCGUUUGAAGAAAUACCGGAAGAGAUCUUACCUGGGAGGGUAAUGGUUGCAAUGCGGCGUAUCAGCCUGGAGAGAAGAAUCGGAAAUCGGAAAAAAAACAGAGAUGCUCUUCCAGUCCUGAAUAUAUCGAAAAGGCCUCCGAUUUGAAUGUCCGAGCUUUCUACGUCAUCAAAUAUGCAUGAUAUAUGUUUAAGGUACUAGGUGAUGAAAUCCGAGCCAGAAAAAUUCUGAUGGACGCACUGGAAAAAGAUCCUCGUAAUAAAAGCUGUAUGUGUCAUUGCUGGAUAUGGAAUACCAGAAACAUCCAAUCAAUUUGGACAGCGCUCUUGAAAUCUUCUCAAAGGCCAUAGAGAGUGCGGACUUGACCACGCACAUGAAGAUAAAGAUGUCACAGAGAAGACUCGAGUUUCUCGAAGAUUUUGGAUCAAGUAUAGUUCAAUUAAAGGAAUGCUACGAGGACCAUCAGAAGCUGAUCAAGGAUCUUCAGGCUGCUGACAAGAAAAGAAAGGCUCCAGAAGCAGGCGCAAAUGGUGACGAUACGUCUACCACCACCACUACAAGCAACACAUCUGCUGUGUCAUCAUCAACUGCAAUAAUAGCAGCACAAGUAUCAGUUCCACCUCCAGAGAAAAAAGAUGAAGACAAACGGGGCAAUCCAACAGCCCAUACCUCCAAUGCACCAAGGUAUGCAACCACAAGUGGACUACAGUGGCUACUGGGCACAAUAUCAGAACCAGGGAAUGUACAACUACGGUGGUUUGGGAGGUUACGGCCAGUACUACAUCUCCUGAAACACACUGUCGCCUGGUUAUUGUGCUGGUGGACUUUUGACACUGAGUCUUAGAAAUAUUAUGUAUUAUUUUACAUGUAGUAGUGAAGACAGUUGGUAAGCUGUUGUGUUGGAAAUCAGGAAACUGAAUGGUUAAAAAGUAUAAAUGACUAUUCAUUGUUAGUAUAUUUACAUGUUAUGCUACGGUAUUUUAUCAACAUUCACAAUCAUUGUUUCAGUCAAAUUAUGUGGUGAUUUAUAUGUAUAACCAGGAUUAAGUGGAUUUAAGUCGGUGUUAUUUAGAAAUGAAAAAUAAGCAAUAUCUUCUGCAAUUGAGUAUUUGUUCUUAAAGAAGUGGAACUGACAACAAGUACUAGGUAAAAAAGAAUAGCUAAUUUUUGUAACGUCGUUUAUCAUUGGUUAAAUGAAGUCGCGCUAAAAUAAGCGAAGCGCAAUAUUGAAGUAAACAAUGACGUCAUAACUUCUUGUAUGUUAUACAAUAUGAAUGUCAAGUGUUAUCUACACAAUGGACAACGAGAAUGUAACUAUGAAUGAAUGUAAGAAAUAAAUGACAAAACAUGU